UAUUUAACAUUUCAAUAGUAUUAUAUAUGACAAAAUAUUUUGAUGUUUGAAUACAUGUGAUCAGUUUAUUAAUGGAUUGGUAUUUUUCUAGUAUCUUUUAAUCUGUAAGUUCUUCUCCCAUGCAUGGCUCUCCCUUCUUUUUGGGGGUGGGAUGGUUUGUUUAUAGAAGAAAAUUGACCUGAUUAUCCUGUUGGGUUCUUCACAAACUGCCCUCUUGUUGAUUCCACCUCGAUAGUCUAGUUCUGUAUGUUAUUUCCUCUCUAUUUUAUAUAAAGUACCAGUUAGAUCCAGAAGUAUUCAUGUUGAAUGUCUUAGCAAGACUGAGUCAUACAGGUGGUAUACCUUUCCUCUAAGAAGCAUAUUAUACCUGGUUUUCUCUGUGAUCUUUGCAGUCCUUCAGGUUCAAGGCCUACGUAUACUCAUAAAUAAAUCUAAGGAUAACAAAGUUGGAAUAUUUUAAUUCUAUCAUUUCUUAGAUUAUAUAGAAUACUUUUAGGAAAAGCCCCCCCCCCCAUGGUUUGCUCUUAUCUUGUGGUAGUGAAUGUUUUUGAAAAAAACAGUAAGUGCUAAAUAUUUUACUAUCAUGCAUCAGUUUUCACAAUGAUGAAUUGUUUCAACAGCUUCCUCCAUAAUGUGCUGUUACUUUUCUUUAAUGUUAUGAGGAAUUCACACACUUAAACAAAUUCAAUGUGUUGCAAUACAUCAAGUUAUUUAAAUUUUUAAAUUCAUGACACUUAUCAGUAUAGUAGCACUGUUACUGUUCUUAUUAAUGUUAAAGUUGUGACAGCUCUGGCAAGUGGAAGUCCCUUAGAGAUAACUCCAGAGUCUUUAUGAUACCACUCUGGUGAUCUUUGAUAGUUUCCUUGCUACCUGGAAAGACAGGAUGAACCAAGCUUAUCUGUUACACAUCCAGUUGGUUCAACACCAUUAAGUUUGUCGACAAAUUUGAAGUAAAAUGAUCAUAGAUAAAUUGGUUUAUUUCUAAACAUUAUCUUCUGUUGUAUUUAUUCUUGUGCAUUCUUAUAGCAUUAUUAUUGUGAUAGCUUUAUAAUAAGUCUUUUUAAAAAAAUCUAGCAACUUGAGUUAUCCAGUCUUUGUUGUUUUUCCAGUAUGACUUUCUAGGUUGUUCUAGGGCUUUUUAAAUUCCUCAAAAGAAUUUAGAAAUUUAAAUUUCUAAUAAAUAGCCUGUGGGGUUUUGUUUAGGUCUAAUUGUCAUUUCCUUUUCUGUCUAGGUAGGACAUCUAAUAGAAUGCUGAACAGAAGUGGUGGUUGGGUGCAUCCUAAUAUUGUUCUAAAACUUAAGAAAAAGUCAUUAAUAUUAGUGAGAAUAUUGGCUAUAAGUAUUUGAAGAUGUCCUUUAACAGAUGUCCACUCCCUUCUAUUCCUAAUUCAGUAAGAGGUUUUAAAAUGAGUAUGUGUUGAACUUCAAUUUUUUUCUGUACCUUGGAGAUAGUCACAUGAAAUUUGUUUUGUUUUGUCUGUAAUUUGAUAAGGUAUUUUGAUUUGGAGUGGUAAACUAAUGCUUAAAUCCUAAGAUAAACUCCUCACACAUGAUCUUUAUUAUAUAUUGUUGGAUUUGAUUUUUUGUUGAUAAUUCUUUUUCCUUCCUUAUGGGGAAAUUGCUUAAGGUUUGGUUUUCUUGUAAUAUUAGGUAAAUGAUAUUGUGGAUCAGAAUGAUCCUGAUCUCAAAGUAUGAUUUGGGAAUCACACUUUUUCAAUAUUCUGAAAGAGUUUGUAUAGAAUUAGUGGAAUUUAUUCCUUAGAUAUUUGAUAUAAUUUUAUUAAGGCCUUCUGUUCAAGAACCAUCAGAUUUUUCAAAACACAGACUCAGUAAAAGCUCCCCAGGUAGUAAAGCACUAAAUGUAAUUCAGGAGACUGGCAAGAAGUCUACUCAGUUCGUUACAACAAAGGGUUUAUCUCCCUCAAUUAACAAAAAAGACCGUGCUAAAGAGGAAGGAAAGAAAGUGAAAGAGAGACAAAAAGAGGAAGAGAAAGUAAGAGAAAAGGAGGUUGAAAGCAAAGCUACUGAAACAGAUCAUCCAGAAAGUAAAGCUGGAAUUUUUCCUGCUAAAUUUUUUGAAGAUGUUGUCAAUGAAAUAGUUAACAAACUGCUAUUUUCUUCCUCACCAGAAAUGGAAACAUUUGAAAAAAGUGUAAGUGUAAAUGAUGAUCAGAAACAAACUGAACUCUAUGUUGCAGCUAUGAUGCUUCUCAAGUCACUGAUGAAGGAGUUCUCAGAUGCUCAAAUUAAGGAAUAAAGAAUCAACUACAGAGGAAGCAUCAUCCAUCAUCAAGCUAAAAAACGUGGAUAAAAUGCCAGACAUGCAUAAAGUGACAGAAAGACCUUUUUCACCUGAGACACCUGUCCCAGAUGAAAUGCCAUCAAUUGAUAAAACACUGGAAUGAUACACACAGUUUAUCAAAAACCAACUUAAAUAAAAUUGCAUCUCAACUGACAAAAUCUGUAACAGCUGAAGUUUCUCGAAAUAAUAUUAUUCUAGUAGCUGCUGAACCUGAAGAUUACUCUUCAAAUCUAGAAGAAAUGGACAUGAUUUCUCAGGUUGUUGAUUCCGUUUAUGGUAAUAUGCUGCAACAAUCCAGAAGCCAUGAAGAACUUUAUGACCUAAAAGAUACAAAUACAGUCUUCCCUAAGGUGGCCAGUUUAAUUGUUGAUGGAGUUUCAAAAGUUCCACUGGAUAGGGCAACCUCAACGAGUUCAUAUAUGGGUAUCUUUGGAGAUCUGGACGUUGAUAGAAUCAUCGAAAAGACAGAAAAGCAUGCUGAGAAAAUGGUAGAUGGCAAAAGUAAGUUGGAGGAAGAUAAAUCUGGAGAAGAAUGCUCAGUUGUAAUAAUUCCACAUGUUGGAAGAAAAGCAAUCAAAGUAGAUCCACAUAUUAUUUCCCAGCACUUAGCAGUCAUCUCUGUGAAGACUCAGCCACUAGAGAAAAUGAAGACGGAAUGUUUAAAAAGAACUGGACAUAGCAUAGAGGAACUGAGACAAGCAUCAGUAAAUGGGAGGAGUUACGCCGCUGUAAGCUCCCCUGAUUUAGAAAACAGAGAGAGAGAGAGACGUACCUCUUUGGAUACUACAGGUCGACUGGAUAUAAAGCCCUUUGAGCUAAGUGCAAAGGCAAUGCAGAAAAACGAGUGACCCUGAGACUAGCAAAUGUGGGAGUGCACUUUUGCAGUUGUUGCCAAGGCGGGCAGAGCACUGGCCGCACUAGCUCAUCUGUACAGUCACAUGACUCACCAGGCCUGGCUUCAUCAGGUCUGAGACUCUCUUGAAAGGUCUUGGGCUAUUUUUCCAAAGAUAAUCCACUUAGUCUAGCAAGUUUCUUAAUAAUAGGGAUAUAAGUACAUAUCCUUGACAAUAAUACCAGACUGAAGUUAUAAUUCCUAUUUCAAGUCUCAGAAGAAACAUAAUUUUGUAUAAUUCCUUUAGACCUUCCUUUGGCUAUCUAAAGAUGUUCAAAAUGGGCCAGUUAGUAGAAUAUCAGGGUGCAUGAAAUCAUCUAAAGUUAUUUUAAUUCUCACAUUUAAAGCUCCACAGUAGUGUUGCUUUUCUUUUAAUAACAUUCAUCAACAAACAUUAGACUGCAAACUCCAAACUCCUAGAUUACACUUGUUGAGAUUUAAAUUAAUUACGCUAUUUCCCAUUUACAUUAUCCUCUCAAGAGAUACCCAGUUUCCCUCCUCCUCUACCCUUCUUCUAGACACAGCUCCCCAUUGCUAUUUUUAUGAAACAGUUUCUGCUUGGUUUAGACACAGCUGUGUCCUGUAGCCCUAUACACAGGCCAUGAAUAAAUUAAAUUAACUGAGACUUCAAAAUGUCAAAAAUUAUUUGCUUUUUAUAAGAAAACAUCUAGUGAAGAAAACAAAAUUGUGUGGGAAAUGUAUCAAGUUAUAUUAUUCCAUGACUCAUUUUAAUGUAUAUGAAAGCAUCUUGUGUUUGCGGUGGGACUUUGCUAAGAGGUUCAUGUGUGCUGAGGGGCAUGGCCUGUGGCCUGGAGAUGUCAAACAAGGUUUUCUACAAACAUGUUCCUUGGGGCAUCCACUCAGAACGAAUUUUUUCCAACACUGUUCAGCACCCAUUGAACUAAGGUUCAAGACUCAUAAAUGAGUUAAUUACUUCUUUAUAUUUUAAAACUUAAAUAUUGAGAUUGGCAUGGAUUGAGCCUCCUCUAGUAAUCUUUACCCUUAGUUCUUUGCAACUUAGUUCUCUUCGGGUUUUAAAAUUACCUUUCAUCUAGGUUGUCACUACAUUAGCAUAAACUUAGUGGUAUUCAUUUAUAUAUAAGUAACACUUGGGAAUCAAAUUUUUGUGAAAAGAUUAUAGAAUAUAAUUACUGAAAAUCAGUUUUAAAUUAUAGAAUUGUUUGUAACAAAUCCUACUUUAGGUACCAACCCUCUUUUAAAGACAUUUAUAAACCUCAGGAAGCAAAAAGUGAGAAUAAACAAGAACAAUUACUUGUGUCUUUUUAAGAGAAAGCAAAACAAACCUAGAAAUGGAGGGAAGGAGGCAGCAGCCAUAGAUAAGUCAGUUAGGCACAUAAAAUUUGUGCAGCAGUCUGAGAAUGAGCAUGGUCUGUCCUCAACAAAGGGACAGAGAAGUAAAAGACAAAAAGAGAUUAGAUCAAAUGCUAGUCUAGAUCAAAUACUAGUCUAGACAUUUUUUUACUUUGCCGUAGAAUUUAAUUUUCUGCUUUGAAAUACCAUAAAUUCUCAACUUUCCUGACAUCUGCAUAGUAAAAACUCUUGGAAUAACAAAUGCCAAAGCCAUGUAGACUGAUUGCGGAAUUUCUAGCCCACUCUUCUCUACUAGAAUGGAUAAUCAAAAUUGAUUGUUUGAAUUUUUUUAGAAGAAUUAUUUCUAAUAAUUUGUUUCCACAGAAGGUAUUCAUAAAGACACUAUUAUCUGAAAAGGAAGGAAGAUAGACUCUAAAAUUAUUGAAUAAAUUUACAGGUUAAAACAUGUGGUAAGAGGAUAUAGGAAUGGGGCAAUUCUGUUGUUUAAUUACAACAGUCUUAUCUUUGAUCUGUCUUUAACAUUGAAAAUGGAAGUGGAAAUUUGAGCAGGGAAGUGAGAAGACAUAAAGAUUUAUGCUUUAAAGAAUAUUUUGGACAAUAUUCCUAAAGGAUCAAGAGUGGAAGGUUAUGAAGUAAAAAUUCAGAUUCCACACAUUUGGCUACUCAUUGGUUUUACAAGUGAAGAUCGGGAAAUAUCUUGAUCAUUUUCUAAAAAAUAUGUGUGUAUUUAAAUUUCUCUAUGAUCAAAUACUUAAUUAUCACUUCUAUCACAAAAUUUUUAAGAGAAAUGACAAAAAUCCCAAGUAAUUAUUUUGUAAAAAAUGUAAAGUUUAAGCAAAAUAGAACCUAUGUUAGAGUUAAUUUUUGGAAUAUGAUCUGAAAGUGAAAAAAAUUAGAAACAUCAGAAAAUAAUGUAUUUUUGUCUUUUUAAAAAAAUAUUACUUAUAAACCAGUCAGUGGCCUUUGAAGAUAUUAAAUUGAAACAAAUCAUAAGAAAAUAGCUAUGUCAUAAUAGUGCUAGGGAAAAAGUAAUUGAGAUGUUUCUGUUUAAUAUUUUUUGCACCUUCAA